ACGCGGUCACGUGAGCGCUGUCUCUGCAGCCCCCGCUUUUGCUUCCUGCUCGGCUCCGAUCUGCCGGCUGAUGGAGGAGGAUGAGGAGGUGCGGGCGCUGCUUGGGGACCGCCCCGAGGGGGACAGCGCGGUCCCGGGCGCCCCGCGCGCUCUGCCCGCGCUCUGCGACCCCAGCCACCUGGCGCACCGGCUCGUGGUGCUGCUGCUGAUGUGCCUCCUUGGCUUCGGUAGCUAUUUUUGCUAUGACAGUCCCUCUGCCCUCCAGACUCAGGUUAAGCGGGACAUGCAAGUGAAUACUACAAAAUUCAUGCUGCUGUACGCCUGGUAUUCUUGGCCCAAUGUAGUGUUGUGUUUCUUGGGUGGCUUUUUGAUAGACCGAGUAUUUGGAAUACGAUGGGGCACAGUUAUUUUCAGCUGCUUUGUUUGCAUUGGGCAGGUUAUUUUUGCUCUGGGUGGAAUAGUUAAUGCAUUUUGGCUGAUGGAGUUUGGGAGGUUUGUCUUUGGGAUUGGUGGAGAGUCCUUAGCAGUUGCCCAGAAUACAUAUGCUGUGAGUUGGUUUAAAGGCAAAGAAUUAAACCUGGUGUUUGGACUCCAACUCAGCAUGGCCAGAAUUGGAAGCACAGUGAAUAUGAACCUCAUGGGAUGGCUCUAUACUAAGAUUGAAACUGCACUGGGUUCAGCUGGCCACACGACCCUAGGAGUGACACUCAUGAUUGGGGGUGUGACAUGCAUUCUUUCACUAAUCUGUGCCUUGGUCCUUGCUUAUUUGGACCGGAGAGCAGAGAAAAUCCUUCAUAAAGAACAAGGAAAAACAGGUGAAGUCAUUAAGCUGACUGAUAUAAAGGACUUCUCCUUGCCCCUGUGGCUGAUCUUCCUCAUCUGCGUCUGCUACUACGCAGCGGUGUUCCCUUUCAUCGGGCUGGGCAAAGUUUUCUUCAUAGAGAAAUUCAGAUUUUCUUCCCAGUCAGCAAGUGCAAUUAACAGUAUCGUGUAUGUCAUAUCAGCUCCCAUGUCCCCAGUAUUUGGACUCCUGGUGGAUAAAACUGGGAAGAACGUCAUCUGGGUUCUGUGUGCAGUUGCUACCACCCUCGUGUCCCACAUGAUGCUGGCUUUCACCUUCUGGAACCCCUGGAUUGCUAUGAGUCUCCUGGGACUCUCCUACUCAUUGCUUGCCUGUGCCUUGUGGCCGAUGGUGGCAUUUGUGGUUCCCGAGCACCAGCUGGGAACUGCGUACGGAUUCAUGCAGUCCAUUCAGAACCUCGGGCUGGCCGUCAUCUCCAUCCUUGCUGGCACGAUCCUGGAUACUCGGGGAUACUUGCUUUUGGAGGUUUUCUUCAUUGCCUGUGUUUCCUUGGCACUUUUCGCCGUGGUCUGUCUGUAUUUGGUGAACCGUGCUCGAGGUGGGAAUCUAAAUUAUUCCGCAAAACAAAGGGAAGAAUUAAAACUUUCUCAUACCGAAUAAGACUCUGAAAUGAUUGUCUGGAGAAUAGGCAACACGCACCACUGAUUGGAAACCUUCAUGAAGAUUUUUUUUUUCUUUUAAAAAAAGUUAUUUAGAAAAAUAAUAGAGUGGAAAACAUAUUUAUAUUUUAAAUAUACCUACUAAAAGUGUGUUCAUGCAGACUGUUUUAGCCUGUGGUUUUUGUAAGAUGUGAUACUAACGAAUUCUAAUCAACAGUGAACAGUUUAGAAAAUUGGUCUGGAACAUUCAGUGAGGUUAAGGACCAAUCGUAAUGGUCUGCAAUAUUCUGUUGGGGUAGUUUUUAGUACAUGCAUUCUCAGGAUGAACGUUUUCUAUAUAACAGGGAAAAGGAAAAGGAUAAAAACCACAAAAUAUGAGGGGGUGGAACAGAAGAUGUUACAUACAGAAUAAGUGAUGAGAUUUUAGCAGGCGCUCUCUGUUUCAUAGAGAAUGGUGUACAAUUGCUUCCUGAUCUCCACUAGGAGAUCAUGAGUGUCAUUAAUGAUGGCUGCUGAGCAGCAAACUUUGGAGUGUUUUGUUUGUUGUUGUUGUUUUUCCUAUCAGGGACAUAAUUUGUAGUACAAACUACCUGAAGAGUUUUUUUCCCCUUAAAGACAAUAUAAAAGCAUCCUUCAAUUUA